UUUUUUUCUGGAUCAACUGAAAAUCUGCACGGUGUUUGAUUUCUUUUUGUCUCGCCCUUGCCUUGAUACCAUUUACGGAAGCUUGAGCGUAUGGUAGCCACUGCAUCGGCCGCUGCGGUUUCACUUGCAAAUGAGGAAAAGAAACGGAAGCAGACGAUGGAGAGAGCCAAGGCGACUCAUCUCUCGAGACAGCUCCAGAUGAGGUUACAGUAUGCGAAGCUAAAGGUCGAGCAUGGCUGGACAAAGCAAACCCUCAACGAAGUCGAAAACCUGUACUUCCAUCACUCGCACACCCGCGGGCCCAGACCAACAGCGCCCACGAACCAGCUUCUCUCCGAAUCGACCUUGGUGCUCAGCGAUACCCCUUCUCCCCGCCAAUCUUCCUUGUCAUUCAAAUCCAACAUCUCCCGGGCUUCGACGCUAAUCGAUCUCGACGUCCCGACAGAUAUCGAGGUCGAGACGACCCCAGACCCCACUGUGCACGUAUCAGCAAACUCCUCGUUUACACCACCACCCCCAGCUGUCGCGCCGCUACAACCGUCACCAUUUCUUCCUGAUAGCGCCUUGUCCAGGCCUAGGACGCAAUCCCCCUCUCUGUCCCCAGUGCCUACGGGCAAGACACAAACAAAACCAUGGCCUUCGCCUACACUUACGCCCAAAAGGCAGCCAGCAAAAUUAUUGUCGGCGCCAGAUAUUUAUGGCAAGGGUCAACAGCCGGGGCCUGUGCUGACUUAUGAUUCCUUCUGGUCGAAGCAUACCCUGUCCGCACCGCAUUAUCGCAGUCUGGGCAGUUUGCCGUCGAGAGGAAGUGUAAGCGAUGUCACGAACGACGUCGGAUGAGCAGCAUCAGGAAGGACCUGUUGACCUAGGUGUUAAAGUGGACUUGUUCGAUGUAUAAUUAUACCACGCUGAUAUCAUUAUUUUGCUUUCGAAUUGCAUUUUCAGUGUAUCCCCUUUCUCAGUGUUUUAGAGGUAUCAUGGACAUACUCGACUUCCUGGAAAC